UGUUCACUUUAUUUGUCGCUUAUCGUCAUACGGAGCAUUUAUGUCUACAAAUGGGAAGUUUCACUGGUAAGAUGCUAAUAUCAGCCGUGUCCGAAUACCAAUUACUAUAUUCAGAUUUAAAAAUGGUACCACAUAUUUAUUUAGUUUUGGUACUCAUAUUCUGGUUGUUUGUCGCCACACCAAUGCCAACAAAACUUGAAGCUAUCGAUGGAUACCUAAUCAGUCCAAAAAAUACUCCUAAAUCAAGAAUCAUGUCAAUAGCCUGGGAUGUUAAACAUUUUUUCAAAAAGCAUCAACCUCCGACUAUUAAGUACACGAUUAGAAACCAACAAUUUUGGGUGGGACGAUUUCUGGCAAACAUACCGAUAAGUUCCCAUUCGUAUCCAACGAAGUCCGUCGUAAAGAGCCUAAAUUGGCUGUAUAAUAGAUAUAAGAACUGGAUAUUGGGCGUCCAAAAUGUCGAAAAUAUAUUUAUUGUUUAAUAACAGUUUGUGAAGGAUUUGAUUACUGUUGCCACAAAUCAUCUUGAAAUAUCAACAACAGUAUACCAUCUAUAUUAUACAUUAUGCAAGUGCAUUCGAGUUAACUGUAAUUAUAUUCGGGUAUUAUUAUUAUAUUAUAAGUGAAUAUAUACGUUUUCCAAAAUUGUGUAUAUACGUGUAAUGAUUUUAUAAAAGG